AUGUUUGGACCCAUUGUCUGCACAAAUGAAAGAACCCUUGUUCCUGGCAUCGAGGAUGCUAAUUCAUCUUCUGAUGAUCAUUUGGAAGCCACUUUAGGUGGGGGUGAAAACAGCACACCUGAUCCAUGUUCAAAUGCGACUGGGAAGCGUAAGGUGCGUCAUGAUUCUCCUAAACCAAAGAGGAAAAAAGAUUCGAGGGAAGAGUACAUGAAACGCCUUGUCGAGGCUUUUGAGUCACGUUCAAGGACCACUAACAAGUCCAUAACCUCUAAUGAGACCGAACCUGUGCGUAUUGAGAUGUGUGACCCUUAUGAACACACAUCUGAUGAUGAAAUGGAUGCACACACAUCUGAUGAUGAAAUGGAUGCACACAUAUCUGAUGAUGAAACAGAUGGAGAAAUGCUUGUUGCUCUAUAUGCUGUAGACAUAUGGGGCAGGCAUUUCAGUCAGGCUCCUAGAAGAACAUUGGUCGAAUCUGGUAUUCAAUGGGUUCAGAGAACUUUGGAGAUUAGUAACGACUGUUUUGACAUGUUUCGCAUGCGAAGAACUGUUUUUAGACGAUUGCAUGACACGUUGUUACAAAAUUAUGGUCUGCUUCCAAGCCGGGGUGUCAGUACUAUGGAAGCUCUUGGCAUAUUCUUGUGGGCAUGUGGGGGUCCACAAUCGUUUAGGCAGAUCAGAAAUAAAUUUGGUCACUCAUUGGAAACAAUUAGCCGCAAGUAUAGUGAUGUCCUUAAUGCACUUUAUAAGAUGUCAUCUGACAUAAUCAAGCCGAAAGACCCACAUUUCGUCGAGAUUCAUCAUCGUUUGCGAGAGGCGAGGUUUUGGCCACACUUCAAGGAUUGCAUAGGCGCAAUAGAUGGUAGUCACUUUCCAGCGGCAGUCCCGGCUUCGGAACAAGCGAAAUAUAUUGGCCGACACGGUUACACGUCGCAGAAUGUAAUGGCCGUAUGUGACUUCGAUAUGAGGUUCACAUUUGUUGUGACAGGAUGGCCAGGUUCCGUACAUGACACAAGAGUACUACAGGAUACUUUAAUAACUUAUGCGGACAGGUUCCCCCAUCCACCGGAAGGUAAAUACUAUCUUGUUGAUUCGGGUUAUCCAAAUAGAAAGGGGUACCUUGCACCUUAUAAGGGUCAGAAGUACCACAUUACGGAAUGGCAAAAUGCGAGGCAACCUAUUGGGAGCAAAGAAGUAUUCAACUAUGCGCACUCAUCGCUACGAAAUGUUAUUGAGCGAUCAUUUGGGGUGCUCAAAAUGAAGUGGAGAAUUCUAUUAAGUCUCCCUUCAUUUUCGCUUGAGAAACAAUCGAAGAUAAUUAUUGCAUGUAUGACAUUGCAUAACUUCAUUAGAGAUAGUGCUCUACACGAUAGAGAUUUUGAUGAAGUAGGACCUAAUAGCCUAAGUCAUGAUCUACCUGCAGGUGAGAGUAGUACUAACACAUCUGAUGAGUUAGACAUGAGUGAUUUUCGAGAUGCAAUUGCUAAUGCAUUAGUGUCGUAG